AUGUCGAAACUAUUAUCGAUUUUACUAAUAGAGCCUUUAGUAUCAACUAGUCAUCAUAUCUGGACGGUAAAUUUGAUUAAAGGACUGCUUCGUAAAGGUCAUCAUAUACACGAAGUGAGCAUUGAUCAUGAUAUCAAUGUCGAAGCUCAUAAAAAUGUAAAAGCACUUUGGACACACGGUGGUCUUCUCAGCACGCAGGAAGCCAUUUGGAAAGGUAUACCAUCAAUCGUAAUGCUUUUUUUUAUGGAUCAAAAAUUCAAUGCACAAAUGUUAGUAGCUAAAGGCGUUGGUAUAUAUUUGGAUAUUAAAACUUUGUCCAUGCAAACUAUAAUACACGCAAUUGAAGAAAUAAUUUACAAUGAAAGUUAUACGAGAAACAUGAAACAAUUAUCCAGCGAAUUUCGGGAUCGUCCAAUACCGCCGUUAGAUUUAGCUAUUUGGAGCAUCGAAUACUCUGUUCGUCAUCCAAAUGGAAGUUUAGCAACACCUCUUAUAGAUCUCAGAACUGGAUGGAACAAAAUCUAAUCGACGUUUAUGCAUUUUUAUUUUUUAAUAUUAUUAUAAUAUU